CGCCGCAACAACAACAAUAACAACAACCUGUGCCGAAAUUAGAUAGCGUUAAUUUUUAAUGUUUGGUGUCCUAAAUCCCACACACUGGCCCCAAAACCUCUAAUCGAUAAGGUACACUUGAUUCUGGAGCGACAACGUUGUUAUGCAGUCACCCCCCGAAACAAAACACCAUCAACAUUUCGAAAAAAAAUGACAUUUGUGUUAAAAUUGUCAAUCAUUAAAAUUCGGCACAAAAAAUUCUCUGAUGAAAGAUUAUGAAUACUACGACUUUGCGGGGAAUUUUUCCCGAAGCAAAACGUGCACACGCUAGAAAUUUCGUUCGCGAGAACAUCAGACAGUUGAAGGAGAUGCAGGGGUACAUGAACGACUCGAAGGUCUCGUCAAAAUCCCAAAUUAUUAAGCCUGAUAAAUUCAAACACGUGGCGCCGAGGGUGUACUCAUACAUGAACACCACUAGAAGAAAAACGUCCAAGGACCUGAUUGGGAAGAAAGCCGUGUCGUAUAACCAGAUAAAGGGGUUGAAGUCGCCUCUGCUGAAAGCCAAGCUGGGUAGUCGGAUUAAGAACAUGAGCAAGGCGGUGCAGACUGAGAGACCUGAGGAUUUACCCAAGUUGUACGAAACGGGGACUUUGAAGUACCCCAGUCCCGGGAUCAUGCCGCAGUCCAAGCCGCCGACGCAGCGCACGCGGGACCACGGAGACGUUCUGGCCAAAAGCAUGCAUAAAUUAGAAUUAGAAGAAAAACACAAUUACGUUAGGGAGAAUAUCAAAAACGUUAAAGGGAACAAAACCAAGUUUGAGGCUCCGCAGCCACGUGUGCCUGCGGCGGGGCAGCCAAAAGGGGUCGUCCCUAAAAAUACAAAAGACCAGAAAGAGGGAAAGGAUGAGCUGUCCAAGCCCGUGGAUUUUGAAGUGGAUAUCGUGUCAGGCCUCGUCCUACUCCCUGACGAGGAACGAAAGGAGUACCUUCGCGUGGCCCGUGAAAAUUACGCCGCGCUGAUCAAGGAACUCAACACCAUGCCAAUGAGCAACGACACGCUAAAAAAGCGCAAACGAAAAAUGGAAAUCGAAGACGAACUCAGACGCUUAGAGGAAGUCAUCAAAAUUUUCCAAAAACCCAAAGUUUUUGUAAAAGCUGACGCAUGAUUUUGUACUUUGUAAAUAUUGUGCAUGUUAUAGUUCAAUUUAUUCAGUUUUCUUAACA